UGCACUAAUGCUAGUUAUACGUAUGGGGGAUAUUUGCGUCCAAUCAUAGAAGAAAAUCAUUAUCAAGUGCAACAUCGGUCACCUGCAACGAUGAUACUGAAUCACUGAUUGUAAUAUACGUAAAUACAACCCUAAAAAAAACACACACACAAAUGCAGGGACUCGGAAAUUAAGCCAGAAAAUUCUUGUCUCCGGUAAUUAAUUUAGCGAUAUAUAGCGAGAAAAAUAGAGAGUGUAAGCUCUGUUCCUGGUAGAGGAUUCAUUGUUGCAGAUUCGAUUCUAGUUUUCUUCCAACAAGAUAACGGUUUCAUUUAUGAGAUCAAUGUAUUCUUGCUUUCAAUAACGAAUAUAAAGUAAAUUUGUCUCCGUUUAAUCAGUUUCUUUGAACUAAUUGAAGCGCAAGGUCUGUUUUUCUGUCUUCACUAGCGAGAGCAGACGCGGAUUCAUUUAUUGUUGUUUCUUCGGGAUUCAUUUCAUUCUUGUUAGGGUUCGGGUUAGGGUUUCUGAGUUUCUGAUCCUCCUGGUAGCUGGAGAUGCCUUAAUGGUGAAAUUUGAGCGAAAGCUGUUAUUAUGUUAAGGAGGGUGAGCGGUGUGCGUUUCGUUUCCAAUUUCAUGGCUUCUUUAACACGCAAUGGAAUCCCUUAUACACCGUCGAUCGACGGCGGGGGCGGUGCUGUGAACAGCUUUGGGGUUUUUCGAAGGAUUGUUACUGUCGAUAAUUACUGCCCUAAAAGAAGCAGGAGCAUUGGAUUGAUUCUCAGAGGCUGUCACGAUUCCCUUAAGGCAACCGCUAAUGAUCAGAAAGCCCGAGCGACUCGGGGUUUUCCCGAAUUGAUGCGCGACUUGGAAGUUGGGCUCAAAGGAGAUGCUAGUUUGGAUGCUAGAUUGUUGAGUGCUCGAGGCGGCCCUUCCAGGCCUGUUGGAUUCUCUGACAAUUCUGUGCCCAAGAAGAUGGCAGUUGCUGUUGAUGUUGAUGAGGUUCUUGGGAACUUUCUAACAGCUCUGAACAAGUUCAUCGCAGACCGUUACUCCUCUAAUCAUUCAGUUUCAGAGUAUCAUGUAUAUGAGUUUUUCAAGAUCUGGAAUUGCUCCCGAGAUGAAGCUGAUUUUCGUGUGCAUGAGUUCUUCAAGACCUCGUAUUUCAAGAAAGGGAUCCACCCACUCCCAGGUGCUCGGCAAGCACUUCAUAAGUUAUCGAGAUUUUGUAACUUAUCUGUUGUGACGUCACGUCAAAAUGCGAUCAAGGACCAUACAAUUGAGUGGAUUGAGAGGCAUUACCCGGGACUAUUUCAGGAGAUUCACUUUGGAAACCACUUUGCCCUUGACGGAGAGUCUAGGCCCAAGUCAGAAAUAUGCAGGUCCUUAGGAGCAAAGGUUCUGAUUGAUGAUAACCCAAGAUAUGCUGCUGAGUGUGCUGAAGCAGGAAUCAAGGUUUUGCUUUUCGAUUACGAGAACUCCUAUCCCUGGUGUAAGUCAGAAUGGGUUAAUAAACACCCCCUUGUGACUAAAGUUCAGAACUGGGAAGAAGUGGAGCAAAAGUUACUUUCGUGGAUUACUUCGUAGUAAAAUAUUCAACAGCAGGAUCCAAAAUGCACGAGCACAUGAUCAAGACAAUUCAAAUUACUUUUUAUGUUGCCGGGGUAAUGGGAUGAUAAUAACUCGGUCUUUUUUUUAGCGACUGUAACGGGGUAAGCCAAGGUGCUGCUGUGAGAGGCCGGUAGGAGAAUAGCAGAAGUGAUGCAUGGUCCUUGUAUUCCCGCCUCCACACCCUCCUGAUAUACGUAGAGAAAAAUCAUGGUUUCGACAUCAGGAUAUACAAAACCAAUCGGGAUGCCUACCUUACAUGGUUCUUCUACUCCAAUAAUCACUCUGUCACGUCUUGUUGAAAAACUGGUGACCAGAACCACACAUGUACGAAGGCCUGCAUAAACACCCUUCGUUCUGAAUUUUGAUAACACUUGACUCAGGUCCUUCCAUUAUGUACGCUAUAUUAGUAAAUUUCAGAUAACAGAUAAUUCUGUUCUGUUAAUAUGUCAGCCAUCGCUCCUCACUAUUUCAGUGGGUACAAGGCGGGGCUGUUAAGAAGA